ACUUGAGUGGAGUAAUUAAAAAUUUUGAAAUUUGGUUUUAAGUGAUUGAAAAAUAUUGAAGCUCGUCAAGAUAGUGCAACUAGUUGGGUUUAUUGAAAAUUAAUAUGACAGAAAUAAAUAUUCCAGAAGAAGAGUUUGGAGAGCCUGCCCUCAACUAUUGGCAGCCAUUGUCAAAACCUGUUCCAGUGGCACCAGUUGCAGCGGACUGUAUGGCAAAUAAUUAUGAGAACCCUGGUUGGGCUUAUCAAACCCCAAACUAUCUCCCACCCCCGUACUUGCCUCCCUGUACUUCCUACCAACAGAUGUAUCCUGUCAACAACGUUUUACCACCGUACAUCCAAAAUCAGGAAUGCGACUUUUCACCGCCAGUGCCUAUUGAGGGAGGAGCAAGAAGAAGAAUGUCACAAUACGCUCUAAAUAACACUAGCUAUGAUCUGUUUUCACUAUCAGCAAAUCCUGGCUAUGAACAGAUUUACACGACAAUGACUGACAACAUGAUACAAGAUGAGGUCACUCGAGCAGCAAAGACAUUGUUUAGCAAGAGGAACCGAACGUUGAUGCAUUGGCUCAACCCUGAUGUGAACAAGAAUCAGAUCAAGGUCGACACGGACGCAGCCUGGGAGAUGCUUCCGGCCGUGCAGAAAAAGUUUUUCAUCUCUCAGGUGCUAGGAAAGUUUUCACCGCAUGUAUCAAGCUUGAUGGUAAAUCCACAGUUGGACCCUUCACAAGUUGACAAUCCAAGUCCAUGUAUGGUCAACAUCUUUAACCCUAGUGGAUCAAGGGCAACUGGUUUUAAAAAAAGACGAAAAAAGAAUCCUGAGGAUAAAAAAGUUAAACCUGAUAGUAAUGUCCAAAUGAUAAAAACUGUUAUUAAAACUGAAGUAGAAGAUAGUUGUGAUUCUGGACUAGUUAUUGAUAUUGGUCCAGAGGUAAAGUCCAAAGAAGUUCCUUCUGUACAAGUACAAAGGGUAAAACGGAAAUACACCAAAAGGAAACAUAAAGAAAGUACUUUAGGAGUGAAUGUUCAAAAUACCCCUAAUACUUCCCUAAUGUGUGCCUUGCCUGUCCGUGUAGAAGAUAUAAAAGUGGAAAAUGAUUUAGAUAUCUCUAAUAUUACUCAACCAAAAACUGAGUUGCCCGAUGAAUCCACUGAAGCAGGAGAUACAUCGAAUAAGAUAGAAUGUGGUAACACAAAGAAUAAAAAGCCAAAGGUAGACAAAAACGAAUUACCUCUAAAACCCAAACGGAAGUACGUAAAACGAAAACUUGUUAGGAAAAAGUACAAAAAAAGAGAGCCAAAACAAAAACCUCCAAAGGAUGAAAUUGUUUUGCCAGAAGUAGUUGGAACCGACAAUAAUGAACCAGAACCUGAGCCCAUGAAUGAAGAGGAAAUGGAAAUAGAUUUGUGGAUUGAAUUAGAAGACGAUUCCAUUCUUACAAAUGAGGAGGUUGACAAUUUUCUUAAUGGCAUUGACGAUCCUGACCAUCUCUUUAGCGAAUUAGGUAUUGUAAUGGAAAAUCAAGAAUUACCAGAAUUAUUCAACAAUCCGUAAAUUUAUUCUGUAAUUUAAAAUUUAUUACAUUCAAUAAAUAGCUUAGUUUAGAGAGCCUUGGACUGUAAAACAAGUGUAUGGGGUCUUGGAAUUGUUGGCUGAUACUAGUAAAAUCUAACCAUACAACAUGUA